AUGGACCUGAGCUUCAUAGGCGGCUGCCUGCCGCUCUUCGUCCUGGCCAUAGUCUUCGACCUGGUGGGCUUCAUCGUGCUCUUCGUGGGGAUCUUCGCGAAUCUUCAGGUGGACGGCAGGUUUUACGGCGACUUUCUGAUCCUCACCGGCGCUCUCAUCGUGUUCUGCAGCCUGGCCUGGUGGCUGAUGUGGUACGUGGGCAACAUUAAGGUGGCCAAGGAGGGCGCGAGGAGGGGCAGAGCGAGCACCGCUCACAGCUUCAAACAGCUGGCCAGAAAGUUAACCGAGAGGAUUUCCAAAAGCCAGAGGAGAGACGAGGAGCAGAGUGUGAUGAAGACGGUGGGAGGAGGAGGAGGAGGAGAGGGUGAUGUCGGACAGAAAGCUGCAUCACCGCACCACCCAGGUUCGAAGGUAACGUGGGGCAAAUCUACCUGUUACCACAAUCAUGGCUACGAGGAGGACAAGGACGAGAAAAACUCAGUGGAAGAGAAAAAGUCUGAUCUAGAGGCGGCUAACGUGGAGAACCUGCUGUGAGAGCGGUUACAUGUUUAUGGAAGGGUCUCUCAGCGGACGCAUCUCUGGACCGAUGAGAUUUUAUGCCAAGAUUUACAAUGUUUGUAUACGACGGUGCGAUUCCAUUCAUUUUAUUUGAACUUGUUUCAUGUCAGCCUCUGGACAAAGUGCAAUAUACAGUGUGGCUAGAGGAAGUUCCGUAAGAUGAAAAAGUGUCCAUCUUUCUGAACUGUGUAUUUAUUUUAGUUGGAGCAUUAAGUCCCUAAAUUUUCAUGUUUCAUUUGUAACACUGACAACUUUGUUUGGAGGGUCCGCUGUAGGUGCUCACCUUGUGUGUAUCUUACAUUCGACUAAAUGCCUGAACUUUAAAAUGCACUCUCUUUAAACUUGGGUCAGUGAUCAGUCAUUUUCAACGUACCCCAGAUGUAGCGAAGAUGUUUGGUGUCCAGAUUUUGCUUCUUCAGUUUAGCGCUGGAGCCAUUGAGGCUGCCAUUGCUAACAAACAGUAGACGUCAAUAGUCACCCAAAUGUUUUGAGACAAUCUUUUGGUUUGAGAGAAGUUUUGGGGAUGUAUUUACAAGAGAAAUUUGGGUUCUAGUGUUUGUUAGCAAUGUUAGCUUCUUAGCUCCCGUGCUGAACUAAUAAAGCAACCAAACAUGUCUUGGUUAAUCACCUACAUCUGGGAUAUAAAACCUAAACUCUACCCUAGCAUUCACUCUAAACUUAACCUCAUCACAAAACCCAACCGUAACCUUGUUGAUAAAAGUAUCAGCACCAGCAACUUUGUUAACAGUUUGUGCAGUCAAGUAGCUACACUGGUCCCCCAAAAUAAGCAUAUGAUUAUUUGUUGUUUGUUCGUUUAAUUUUUAUAUUUUUUAUAUUUUUUAAACCAUUUAGAAUUGGCACCUGCCCAUUACACCGUGUGAACAUUUAAUUCCGACAGCAACGCUUAAAAUUACUGGAAUAAAAUCGAUACAUUAAUGUACAUUAAAAGUUAAGAACACUUCAUUUUCCGGAUAAAUGAUCCUUUUUGGAGAUAAAAGCUUUUGUUAGAUGGUGAUUAGACUGAUGAACAGUAUCCAGUGUUCGCCUUGGCCCAGCCACCGUGACCUCCAGAGAAGAUCACGCCUUGCUUUAGCAAAUGGAUUUCACAGUCAAACAGACCGAGCCAGGAUGCAAACGCAGCACAGGACGGACGUUUACAUUUACUGCCCAAGUACCAGAGAGAGAGAGAGAGAGAGUGGUCAGACUGGUCUGGCUGUCAAUAAACAAAUGCUGCCGGUGUCAUUUGGCUGAAAGCCAACAGUUCUCCGGUUUCAACUGUGCAGGUACUUCAUGCAUGUUCAGAAGGGGUCACCUUUCCACUCAGAUUCAGGCCAGUAACGCUGUUUUUCACUUCUGUUCAACUUUGUGAACAUACACUACCUUUCAAAAAUUCAGAAUCACUUGCCAUAGUAAUAGCUUUUGUUAUUGUAGAUUCAAAUGCCAUAUACUACAUUCACAGGAGUUUGUAGAUGAGUUGCUCUGGAUAAGAGCGUCUGCUAAACGCUGUAAAUGUAAAUGUUAUUCAACAUUUCAAGAGUUUAGGAAAAAAAAGAAGUUCUUAAAUGAUAAAAAAUACGCUGCUAGUCCAUUUAUAUUCCUCGUCAAGGUACUGCGUUUCGAACUUUGAUCGCUAUUUUUGAACGUUUUUACAUUUUAUUUUAAAGAUGCACUGUGUAAGAUUUUAUUUUGUUAAUAUUGAACGAAGUAGCAUUACGGAUGCAGGAAACUACAAUCUCGCUAUAAUAUGGUGUGUGCGCGCUGCUGUGAGUCAACUUUUAAAGCCUGGAAUAUUGAUUUAAAAGUCAGAGGUGUUCAGAUUUUGUAGUUAUUUGGACCGUGUCAUAUGUCUUUUCCUGUUAACGUCAUACGUACAGGCUCAAAAAAGAAGCUCUGGCUCAACGUUUAGGUGUCAAAUGCAAAAUCAACAUUACACUGAAGUUAGUAUGAUAAAAAAUAGUAGAUAGUUCACUUACAUCCUCAGAAACACGUCCUUCACGAAGUUCUUUUUUUCAUUUGUCGCACGUUCAUCAGAUCCAUUCCCCGGGGGAAGGGCUCUGAAACAUUACUGUUGUUUCAAAGCAUUUGUCCGAGCAUUAGACGCAAUUACACAUUUCCACCAGAGAGGUCUCCAAAUCCCCACAUAUUACGCAGUGCAGCUUUUAUUUUAUUUUAUUCCCUACUUUCUAGGUCCAUCGCAUAAUCAGCCGCAGCUCUCAUAUGUCUUACUUUGUUUUUGUUUUACUGCUUCCCAGCUUCUUACUAAUUUGAAACCUGAGAAGUUGAACAGGACUACCUUAGACUCAUUUUACAUAUUUAUGAUGAUUUUAUACAUUUAUCUGCAACCAAUUUGCUUUUAUAUCAUGGAAAAAAAUUGAUUCCAGACGUUUGAACGGUAGUGUAUGCAGGCGUAUGUACUUUGAUUAAAUGUUUGUGACCAGUACUAAAUAUGCAAUAUGUAAAUAUGUAAUGAGAAUGUAGUUUUAUGAAAUGUGUGUGAAACUAAUGGUAAAAUUUGUAUGAAUAUAUGUACAUUUUGUGACCUUUUGGUGGAGGAAAUUUUUUUUUAGGGUUGGACAACAGUCCAGAAUCAGCCAGCGUUCAGCAAUUAUACUAUACAGAAGCUAAAGAGAGAGAAACAAAAAAGGGAAUGAAGAAAAAGGAGUGGGCAAGGCGAAAGCUCUGAUGUGUGAGAUGGGGAAGGAGCACACAAGGUGGCGGUGUGAGUGUUAUCUGAGGUUUGUGAGAUUGAGAAAGCUAGGUGUGUGUGUGUGUGUGUGUGUGAGAGAGAGAUACUCACAAGGUGGCAGUAGUGCAUGUGAGAAGAAGAAAGUGCAGGAUGGUAGUAUGAGUGCUGUUGAGUGUGUGUGUCGUGUGUGUGGAAAGACAUUUGAUGUGAAGUGCUUUGAAUUAGAGAAACGUCAGAAUUGUUCACAGUGGUUGUGAUAGGAGCUGGAUGUCUGAAGAGUA